AUGAUUCACCACAGUCGUCAUUUUCUCCUCCAAACACUGCCUUCACAUUGCUUUAGAUCUGCUAUGAUGAUGAUCUAUACUAUUACAAGCUCAGAUCCGACAACCGACUACACCGGAGCAAAUCUGAAGCCAAAAAAGUGUUUUUGUUGUCAGAUCUGUCAAGAAAUGACAAAAACUCGUCUUCUCUGGUGGCUGGUGGUGGUUCCACCGUCUUAUGAUGUUUUAUGAAAUCGCUUCUUCAAUCUGCAUUAUCAAGAUCUCCAGCCUUCUACUUUUUACACCCGAGUGGAAGCAAGCUUCAUGGGUGAUGGUCCUAUAGGAGUAGAGGUUUUUCCAGAUCACUUCCCGCAUUCAACUUCGAGUGUAGAAACCCCGCAAACGACAAGUUCUUCAAUUUCACACACAAAAAUCAAUUUUGAGCAUAGCUCAAACAGCAGAUUGUGGGCUAAGAGAAGAUUAAGAACUGCUUCUUCCAUGUUGAAUCUAUUCAAUCUACGCAGACUAACUUGGGGAACAGAUACAAAUGAUCAGCAAAAGGUUAUAUUAUCUGCUCCAGAAGUUGAAUCACUUCGAUCAGAACUUGCUGACAUGGAGGAAAAAGAAGCUCAUCUGAAAGCUCGGUUGGAACAUAUUGAUGAAACUUUGCGUUCUGCUCGUCUUUCAGGCUAUUUACAAAUGCGAACUAGAUGGACAGCUUUACCUGGAGAACCACUUCCUCUUGAUGAUACAGAAGUUGAUGAUUGGCUUCCACGUUUUGUUGUUCUUCUAGGGCCAUGCAUCUUCUUGUAUUUCUUGUCCACAGACAUAAGCCCUCAAGACUCCACCCUUUUAUCUGAUGUUGUGGAAGUAGGGCGUAUGCCACGUCAUACUCAAGAAGAGGGAGAAAAAACUCGGUAUUAUUUUUAUAUAGUUACUCGCCAAGGAUUGAGAUAUGAAUGCUCAAGCACUUCAAAAUUACAGGUGGAUGCUUGGUUGACGACAUUGCAAGAAGAAUGCAAAUUGGGAUCGGAGUCAACCACUGUUGAUCUUUCAUCGGAUUCGUGACAUUGAUAAGUGUCAAUGUAAGGGUCAGGUGUACAUAGUUGGUAGUUGUUGCAUUGACUGUGGUACGUUGUGUUUGUCUAUUUGUACAUACAAAAUGCAUCCUCUUGGUUAAAUUUCUUUAAUUUUACGAUUUUAGCUAGCAAAUUCGCCGUAAAUAAAAUAUAUAACGA